GGGUCGCAGCGUGCCCGCGGCUAGCAAUAAUAAUAAUACGCCGUCAAAUUUGGCAUAAUUUUUGUCGGAAAAGUAAGGCUCCCUACAAGAAACGUUUUCUGUGCCUGAACCAGAACCCGGAGGGAAGGGUCGAACGCUAAUGGCAGUUUAGCAAAAUUGCAGCUCUAAGCCUCCGAUGCCUAAUUCAUUAGCCUGAGAGCAAUGACAGACGGCGAUUCUGCUUCGGAGAGACCAUCGAUUUCAGGACGUGUGAAAGGCAAUGACCACCGGAUUUGGGCAGUCUCACCGUCCCAUGUUUUAUAUCACUUUGGUACUAGUGGAAUUUCUGUUGCGAUGGCGACCGGCGUUACACAUCCUUUAGAUGUUCUCAAAGUUCGGCUGCAAAUGCAACUUAUUGGCCAGAAGGGCCCUCUAACUGGAAUGGGACGGAUUUUUGUUCAAUUAGUGAAAAAGGAAGGCCUUGGGUCUUUGUAUUUGGGAUUGACACCGUCAUUGGCUAGGUCAGUACUUUAUGGAGGCCUCCGUCUGGGUUUGUAUGAACCAUCAAAGUACGUCUACGAAUGGGCUUUUGGUUCCACCAAUAUCUUGAUUAAAAUUGCUUCUGGGGCAUUUUCUGGUGCUGCUGCAACUGCACUGACCAACCCAAUAGAAGUUCUGAAGGUGCGUUUGCAGAUGAAUUCAAGUUUACGUGGAGGAGCAAUUGGAGAAAUGCGCAAAAUUGCUUCGGAAGAGGGAAUAAGAGCUCUCUGGAAGGGUGUUGGCCCUGCUAUGACCAGAGCUGCUGCUUUGACAGCAUCACAACUGGCAACGUAUGAUGAAUCCAAGCGGCUUUUGAUAAGGUGGACACCUCUUGAAGAAGGAUUUCCUCUACAUCUCAUCUCAAGUACGGUGGCAGGCAUAUUGAGUACCCUCAUAACUGCACCAAUAGACAUGAUUAAAACACGUCUAAUGUUGCAGCGAGAGUCUAAAAGAGUUAGAGGCUACCAAAAUGGAUUUCAUUGUGCAUACCAGGUUAUGCUUACAGAAGGUUCUAAGUCACUUUACAAAGGGGGUUUUGCAAUCUUCGCUAGAUUGGGUCCGCAAACUACAAUUACUUUUGUGCUUUGUGAGAAGCUGCGCAAGCUUGCUGGACUGGAUGCUAUUUAAUCCGCAGAUGAUUGUAUGCAACUACAUUGACCUAACUGAACUAAGUACAAAAUAGCUACCCUAAUUGCCAAUUCAUCCGUGAUGAGAAGAUUUAUUUGGGAAUAAUUUUUUUCUUCAACUAUUGGAAGAUUUUUUCCAUAUAAGGAGGCCAAAAAUCUCAGUGGGUUCCUGUGCGAUAGUUUAAACAGCAGGACUUAUUAUUGGAGGGUUCCUGGUUUGAUUGAAUUGUUGUUGUCAUUCUCUGUUUUCUUGUUCAUUUUUCCGCGCCUUGGGUUUAGCUGUUUCCAAAUAAGCCGAACUCCAUCCAUUGUUUUUGUAAGUACACAUUCAGUGUAUUGUUGUCAUGAUUGUAUCACCCACAGAAAUAUCAAUCUAUCGAAUUUUUAUCAGAGAUCAA